CCCGGGGGCAGCCGGCCGGUGUCGGCGCAGCGGCGCGUGUGUCCCCGCGGCACCAAGUCCCUUUGCCAGAAGCAGCUCCUCAUCCUGCUGUCCAAGGUGCGACUGUGCGGGGGGCGGCCCGCGCGGCUGGACCGCGGCCCCGGUGAGUGGCUGGGGCGGGGUGUCCGGGACGGGGGUCUCUCUGCCUGGGAGGUCGAGAUGAGGAGAAUGGAGCCCGACUGAGGGAGGCUCCCGGGAAGUGAAAGGGGGUGGACCACAAAGUCUCUGCCAGUCCCUGCCUCAGUUUCCCUCUUCUGUUGCCCGUAACCCCGAGUCUCCUUGCUUUUGAGGGCAAGGGGAAGGCUUGAGGGGCUCAGUCUGGCGCCCCAAGCCUCGUGGCUCCUGCUCUUCCCCCACCCCCACCCCCGAUCCCCACCCCCACAGCGCUUCGCCUACGUGCAGGCUCUCGCGAUUCUUUCCAUCCACAGCCGAGGGGCCUGGGGGCUCCGGACGCUUGGGUCACCCCGAGAGUUUCUGCGGCUCCGGCGGCCCCGCCCCCACCCCGCUCCUCCCGCUCCUCCACGUCUUGGCUCGGUUCCUCCUGGCCGAGCUGGCCUGGCUCAGCGCCAAUCUCCCCAGCUCUCCCCUGGGUGUCCUUGCAGCUCCCUCGCCAAGCCGCCCCUCUGUGCGCCCUCCCCCCUUGACCUGAGCUUCAGGAGAGGAGCUGGGUUCCCCCCAUGACCCUCCACGAGACUCCGAAACCGGGCCCCACGAGCUCAGGGGACCCUCUGCUGCGAGGAACUCAGACACCGCACCAGGCCCGCGGGAGACCCGCUCGGAGGCUGGGGGUCGUACCACCUACGAGGGGGUACGCGGAAGUCGGCCGACAGCAAGCGACCGGCAUGGAGAGUUGUGCGGGUUCGCGCGUGGUCCCGUCCAGGUGCCACAGGCAGGGAGUCCCUCUGGCCCUGCUCCCGCCCGCUCCCAGCUCCGAUAGGGUUUGGUCCCGGGCGCCCCCCACCCCAGGCGGGUUACCUGGCUGAAGGGGAAAGGCUGAGCCUCGGGGAGGCCCUGGCCCCCGAGCCAGCGGACUGACAGGUACAGACAGUGGGUCAGUGUCAGACUGGCCGGCGCUGGGCCAAGGCGAGGCCCGUGCCAAGGGAGCAGCAGCAGCAGCAGGUGCUGAGUCAGCGUCAGGCCCAGUCCCACCCCCACUCUUGAGGGGGCGCCCCUACCCUGUGGUCACCUUGCGGCCCCCCACAUUCGCAAACACAAUGUCACUUCCGCAGCCCUGCCUGUCUCCCUCUGCUUUUUGAUGAACCUGUGCCCUUCCUCCUCUCUUCCUCCACCCCUGUUCUGGUUGAGCUGUGGAGUAGGAAUUAAUCCAUUUCAAUUCAUUUCAAUACAUGACACUGAAAGCCGGUGGUUAGAGGCAGCAGGAGGGACCCACACCUCAGCCUCCUCAGGAACCCAGGCGAGGGGGGAGAGAGCUUUCCUGGAGGGUGGGAAAGCCGGGGCCCUAGCACUCUAUUCCUCCCCUCCCCUCUCCCUUCUUUCCCCUCUCUGAUCCCACCAAGUGUAGGAAUGUUUUUGGGAACAGAGAUGUCAUUUUUAAAGAUGAAUGUGUCUUUCUCUAGAGCCUCAACUUAAAGGCAUCGUCACCAAACUGUUCUGCCGCCAGGGUUUCUACCUCCAGGCAAACCCCGACGGGAGCAUCCAGGGAACCCCAGAGGACACCAGCUCUUUCACCCACUUUAAUCUGAUCCCCGUGGGGCUCCGUGUGGUUACCAUCCAGAGUGCCAAGCUGGGUCACUACAUGGCCAUGAAUGCUGAGGGGCUGCUCUACAGCUCGCAACAUUUCACAGCUGAGUGUCGCUUUAAGGAGUGUGUCUUUGAGAAUUACUAUGUCCUGUACGCCUCUGCUCUCUACCGUCAGUGCCGUUCUGGCCGGGCCUGGUACCUAGGCUUGGACAAAGAGGGUCGAGUCAUGAAGGGAAAUCGAGUCAAGAAGACCAAGGCAGCUGCCCACUUUGUGCCCAAGCUCCUGGAGGUGGCCAUGUACCGGGAGCCUUCUCUCCACAGUGUCCCCGAGACGUCUCCUUCCAGUCCCCCUGCCCCCUGAAAUAUAGACCCUGGACUGGACACUCCUGCACUUGCACCGGUCUAGCCACCGCCACAGCCUGUCUCCCAGCCCUGCUCCUGGACCUGCUCUCACCCCAGCUGCCAUACUCAUGCCCUGAGCAGCCAGGUCCCACCAGGUGCUCUACCCUGAGGGAGCCUAGGAACUGCUGAAACCCUUAGAUGCUUGGACCUUAGAGGUGGAUGUCUGAAAAUGUCCUGGCUGAUCACUUCUUUCCUUCCACACUUAUACCCCCCCCCCCGCCCCCCGCAAAGCCUUUUCCUAAGAUGGCACUGGGGGUUUCCAAACAGAGAACAGGACUCCAAUACCCCCCUCCCCAGGCUCAGCCAGUUCCUGGAGCCCUUUUCAUGGCCUCUGAGCCAUAGAUUUAUAGAUCUACUGGAGCUCAGGGUUAGUGUCCUUUCCCUCCUCCACCUUCUGCCUUGUUCUGAACAGGUUCUGCAACACCAGGCACCUCAGCCAGGGCCACUUCUGCACUAAGGCUCUGUGCUGGAUCCACCAGGCUUCCUCAACCCAGACAGACCCCGGGCUUCCAAGUAGAGAGAGGCUGGAUUUGAGCCCUGUCCAGCUCUUGGCCUUGGCCUGAAUUGGGGCCAGUCUCAGAUUACUACAGGUUUAACUUUUUUUAUCCCAGAGAUACCCAAUACUAGAGCAUGGUGUUCUAGACACAUAUGGAGCCAUACUUCCUUCUGAACCUCAGCUCUAGAAUAUAGACCACGACUCUCCACCCUUCCCUCCAGGAUGGAACUGGGGCCUAUAUAGCCAUAUUAUUGCUCUAGAGUAAGUUCUAGUAGACCCAUCCUCCCAACUUCUCUAGUGAUACCUAUUAAGAAUGAGUUCUGGGGAGGACCCAGCUAUUAUUCAAAAAGAAUUAAGUCCUGGAUGAAUUAAGAACUACUUGUUUUACAUAGAUAAUUUUCUAAAAAUCAUACUCUUCCUCCUAGAGAAUGCUAACCUUAUUUUUACAUGCAGUUUAAUUCUGCUGGGGCCCAGGGAAAGAAAUCUGAGGAAGGGCUGAGGAGUUUUAGAAGGAAUCCAUGGCUCGUUAUGGGGGAGCUAGGAUGGGGAAGGGGUCAAAAUCGUGACUUAAUUGGACCUGUGUCUGGGUUUGGGGGACAUGAACACAGCUACCUCAGCAAGAAUCCCUCCCAGGUCCCCCCAAAGCUGAGGUCUUUAGGGAAAUGGGUCUAGAAUAAGAAGAGUAUGACAUAGACCUUACAGUGUACAGAUGAUGUGUUGUAGAAUUGUGCACCUGAAACCUGUAUAAUUUUGUUAACCAGUGUCACCCCCAAUAAUAAUAAAAAACAUGAUAUAGACUUGA